AUGUGGAAGCCCAACGUGCAGUACAAGCGCCUCUACAGCUUCGCCCUGGACAGAUUCAUCCAGUUCCGCGUUACCACGUACGCCCUCCGCUGCAUAGUCAAGGUGGGCGGCAUCGACGAAACACGGCGCAUGUGGAAGCCAAACGUGCAGUACAAGCGCCUCUACAGCUUUGCCCUGGACAAAUUCAUCCAGUUCCGGGUUACCACGUAUGCCCUUCGGUGCAUAGACAAGGUGGGCGGCAUCGACGAGUAUCUUCUGCACACGCCGGAAAAGAAACUGAAUUCUGAUGUGGGGUUGGUAUGGAAAGGAAGGAUCCAGGAAGCUCUCCGUGCUCAAUCUGCGGCGGUUGAAGCAGCACCAGCCACUGGUGGGACUUAG